AUGUCACACAAGUCGCAGUUCAAGAUCGGUGAGAGCAUCAAAAUGACCGCACUUCACACGCCAUGCCACACGCAGGACAGCAUCUGCUAUUACUUCGAAGAUGGCUCGGACCGUGCUGUCUUCACGGGAGAUACCCUCUUCAUUGGUGGUUGCGGUCGCUUCUUCGAGGGCAAUGCUACCGAAAUGCACAAAGCACUCAACGAGAUUCUUGCUUCUCUUCCGGAUGAUACCAAAGUCUACCCAGGCCAUGAAUACACAAAGGGCAACGUACGCUUCGCUAAAAAGGUCUUGGACAAUGAGGCCAUUCAGAAGCUCGACGAGUUCUCUCAAGCGAACAAGGAGACCCAGGGGAAGUUCACCAUUGGCGACGAGAAGGUCAGUCUAGUCGUGUAA